CAUCCCAUAUUUGUUUGGCAACAACACUGUGUCUCCUGCAGAACCGCUGCUGAAAACUUCAUCGAUUUUUUUUUCUGGGAAAUCAAACAUCCCUCUUUUAACUGAGCGCAGACUGGAUACCUGUCCCCUUUCCCUCUGACAACACACCGGGGUUAACAUGGUGGUUGGAUUCCGCUGUUGUCCGGUAAUUCUGUGGCUGGCCCUGGCCGCCGUGCUGGGCUCGGUGCUCGGGCUCGGCGAGGAUCUCGACCGGCCUCUGUUCGGGCCUCCCGGCUCUCCUAUCCGGCUGCAUGAGUCCGACCCGGGCCUGAAAAAGGCUCUGGCAUUCGCCGAGGAUCGCUACAACCGGGGCUCUAAUGCCAUGCAUCUCCGCAAAGUCAGCCGGCUCAUCACUGCAACCAAACAGCUGGUUAAGGGAAUCCGUUACAGUAUUACAGUGGAAGUGAGCAACACUCAGUGUAAGAAAUCCACCAUGCUCAGGACAUGUGACUUCUAUCCCGAGCCACAGAAACUCAAGACGGAGCUGUGCAUGUUUGAGGUGUGGGACAUUCCCUGGCAGGGCACUUCAACUCUGCUCAAACAGAAGUGCCAGCCUAAAGUCGAACCUCAAGUAGAAGAGACCAACAAGGUGGAGGAUCCAUCCACCAGCCAGCCUCUGGAGGAAUCUGUACAGCUGUUGGGCCAGUUUAAAGAGUUCAUGGUUAAAUACAAUAAGGUUUACAGCAGCCAGGAGGAGGCAGACCGUCGUCUGCGCAUCUUCCAUGAGAACCUCAAGACUGCUGAGAAGCUCCAGUCUCUGGAUCAAGGUUCAGCUGAAUAUGGGGUCACGAAGUUCUCUGACUUAACUGAGGAAGAGUUUCGUUCUACAUACCUGAACCCGCUACUGAGCCAAUGGACUCUCCAUCGACUAAUGAAACCAGCCUCUCCUGUGCGAGGUCCCGCCCCCACCAGCUGGGAUUGGCGGGAUCAUGGAGCUGUCAGUCCCGUUAAGAACCAGGGCAUGUGUGGUUCCUGCUGGGCAUUUUCUGUUAUAGGCAACAUUGAAGGCCAGUGGUUCCUGAAAAAUGGAACAUUGCUGUCACUUUCUGAACAAGAGCUUGUUGACUGCGAUGGUUUGGACCAGGCAUGCAGAGGAGGGCUGCCAUCGAAUGCUUAUGAAGCUAUUGAGAAGCUGGGUGGCCUGGAGACAGAGACUGACUACUCCUACACAGGGCACAAGCAGAGGUGUGACUUCACCUCUGGGAAAGUGGCCGCCUAUAUCAACAGCUCUGUGGAGCUGUCCAAGGACGAGAAGGAAAUUGCAGCUUGGCUCGCUGAGAAUGGACCAAUCUCUGUUGCUCUGAAUGCCUUUGCAAUGCAGUUUUACAGGAAGGGUGUGUCUCACCCUUUGAAGAUCUUCUGCAACCCCUGGAUGAUCGACCAUGCUGUGCUCAUGGUGGGAUACGGAGAACGUAAAGGCAUCCCAUUCUGGGCCAUCAAGAACAGCUGGGGGGAGGAUUAUGGAGAGCAGGGUUACUACUACCUCUACAGAGGGUCCAAUGCAUGUGGAAUCAACAAGAUGUGCUCAUCUGCUGUAGUCAAUUAAACCACUAACCACAUAUUCAUACAUACACACACAUCAUACAAAUAUGCACCUCUACACUACUCAUGCCCACAUUUGACCCAGAAUGCAUGAAGACUGUCACAGCCAGACUCACAUAAAGUCCUACUGAAGCUACUUUUCCAUUAAACCAGACUAGCGUUACACCUUCAUAUCUACCACCUGCUGACAGUUUACCAAAAACAUACCAGCUCUAAUAAAGCUAGCUUUUCUGAGAAAUUUUAUGGUAAUUUUAAAGUAGAUGUUUUUUGUGUGCAUUUCAUUCGUUCAUCCGUUAGUCCUGCAGGUCAAAAUGACUGUCGUGUUUUAGACAGUAUUGGUUUUUAACUCAUCUUUCCUCACAGCAACUGAGCCCAUUCAUAAGAUGUGUGCACUAAUUAUUGCUAGACUUAUGUCUUGUCAGUUUUACUGGAUGUUUUGUUGUCAGUGUUUGUUCUAAUAUUAUGCAGUGCUUUAGAGGGGCUUUUGAAAGAUGGGGGGGUUUCCAUAGUGAUUUGCACAUUUCAACAGAUUUGCAGUGUAACUGUUACAACUGCUGUAAGACAGUGAGAAAUGAAUGAAGGUUGAUUAAAAAAGUGUGGAAUCCUA